UUGAGAUCAGACGAGGAGCUAAGAUGAUUGUGUACUCCAUCUUCUUGAUGCUGUGUUGCAGACACUAUGUAAUUCUUGCAGAUUUCCUUCACCUUCAGACAGUUAGAGCCCAGCUAGGGGAUUCUUUAAGCCUUGAGUGUUCCAUAAAGCCAUCUUAUCAGUACACUUUAUUUUGGUUUAAACAAUCUCCUGGAGAAGCACCUCAAAACAUUGCCUUCUGGUCAGGUAACUUCAAUGAUGAUAUCCAUUAUGAUGAUAAAUUUAAUCGGAGUGAACGCUAUCAAGUGAAGAAAAGCAUCAACUUCUUCAGUCUAUCCAUCAUAAGCCUUGAGAUCACAGAUAUGGGAACCUAUUACUGUGGAGUCGUGAGACAGCGGAACAUACUCUUUGGUAAUGGAACUGAGAUCUGCUUAAAAAGCAACAAAAAUGUAAAAAGAAUCUUUCAGAGACCAGUUUUGAAACCUGUACAGUACGGAGACAGCAUUACAUUGGAGUGUGUAGUAAACCAAGCUGUGUUUGGAAAUGUGCAUCUGAUAUACUGGCUUCACUGGACUGUUGAAGGGACCUACCACAGCAUAAGAAAUACUCAUGGAAAUAAAAUAACCUGUGCUGAAGACUCCCAGGAGUGUGUCUACAGUCUUCAAAGGCAGAACUUUAGCUCUGAAGAUUACGGAAUGUACUACUGUGCUGUAGUGUCAUGUGGAGAAGUCAUUUUUGGCAAUGGAACUGAAUUUACAGAUCAAAGCAAUCUUUUUGAACUUGACCCUGUGGUCUUGGUACUGGGCAUGACCAACAUUCUCCUCGUGAUUUUACUAAUUGUGUGUGUCACUAAGAAGAUGAGAUCCCAAUGGAAAAGUAAAAGAAAUGGUACACAGAAAACUGAAGAAACAUCUCUGACUGAUGGGCCAGACUAUGUUCAGCCACAUGGCUUGAAUUACGCUACUGUGAAUUUUGUAAAGCAAAAAAACAAACACAAAGAAAGAGCGAAGACCUCAGUCAUGGACACGACAUGUACAACUGUUCGAAUUCAACAGCAAUGAAGACAUUUUGAGAAGUGUCUUUACCUGCACACUGCUCAUCUGGAGACAUUUACAUGUUUAAAGUCAGACUUUUUCUCGCUAACAAAAAACUAAAGUGAAAUAUGUUAUUAAUUACAAAAUAAUAAUUCUAUAAACUAAAACUGAAACAAAAAUAAAAUGUCUGAAAAUUAGAAAUAAAUCAUACUGUACUG